AUGGGCGAUGGCUGCCUAGGUUGUUUGCCUUGGCCCUGGCCGUCGAAACCACGUUACGACGCCCUGGAAGAAAAAGUGGAGGAGGUUUGGCGACGGGUUCUGGCUCUGCCUCCCGGAGGAAUACGUCCAGAAGAUAGUUUCCUCGAGCUGGGUGGGGAGUCCCUUCUUGCACUCAGGGUAUGCGCAACGCUCCGCUAUGAACUUGGUGGGGAGGCGGAGCCAGAUGAAGAUGUUGCCCCUGGUGACGAGAAGGCUCCACAAUUUGGGCAUGUUUCUGGCGCAUUCGCAGUGGCAACACUACUCGCAGCGCCCAGCUUCCGUGCGUUUUGCGACGGUUUGCGGCGCAGCGGCUACUGCGUUCCAGGUGACGGAGUGCCAUGCCAGGGCGCGGAACAACAGCACCAGGCCUGGCCACGCUUGCGCAGCGCUGCGCGAAGCCGAGGUCCAGGCGCGGCAGCAGCCUUGGCAGCGGAGCUGGAUGCGGCAACUCCAGAGGAUGCUCAGCGGUGGAUCGGGGCCACUGCUCGACAGGGUAAUGCGAAGGCUGCUUCCUUCACGGCCCUCCACGCAGCGGCGCAAGCGAACGCCACCGACUGCGUGCAAUUCCUGUUGGAACGGCGAGCGAGAGCCACGACGACUGAGCCAGGUGCAGCAAUGACGCCUCUACACUAUGCCGCCAUGGCUUCGGGGGCCGGCGCCUUGGACUUGCUGCUAAAGGCCAAGGCCCCUCUCACUGUCCGCGACGCGCGGGGGCAGUCGCUGCUCCAUGCAGCCGCCCGAAGUGGCAGUGCCGAAGCGCUUCGCCGCCUGCUUCAGGCCAUGAAGGAUUCCCGAUCUCGGGGAUUCUUGGAGUGGAGCGACCGCUGGGCACGCUCGGCAGUGCACUGGGCCUCCUUGAACGGCCACUCGGAGGUCUUGAAGAUCUUGCUGGAUGCAAAGGCGACCGCAGCCCCGAAGCUCAUCACGGAGCGUCAGAUGGCGAAAAGGACACACCUUGCUCAGGAACGGCCUCUCGACUUGGCCCAGCGAGUUCACGGUGCAGACAGCGAGGUGGCCCGUUUGCUUCGCGCUGCAAUGCACGACCAGGGUUUGGAUGAAGUCAUCCCGGAGGAAGCGCAGGAACAAACGGCUGAGUUCGUUAUGACGCUUAGCCAGGGAGGUCUCGACAAGCUGGCCUCCUGGGAGCUUCUACGUCUUGGUGCCAAAGCCAUGCACCGGGUGCAAUGCCGGGUCUUCUUCUGCAGCGAUCGUGCACCGGCAGCGAUUGCAACACUGAAAUCGGCCGAGAAAGUCUGUGCUGUGGUUAUGCGAGCCAGCGGGGCAGACGUCUCAGAGGUCAUCCAUGGCGCUGGUGGUUUCGGCCCAGAAGCAGAGAGCGCUGUCGCUGGUUGGGUGGCUGGGGCUGAUGGCUGGAAGCCAGCUUUGCGCACCUGGUGGAGAUUCAACGGAAGAGGUCCUGACUCCUCUCAGAGCAUCGCCCUGGUGAACUUGAUCCUCAGCGGUGUGGUCGUCGUCCUCUUGAUCAUGGCGCUGCCAUGGCGCCGCUUGCGGGACAUCUUUCGCCGUGUGUCAUACGCCAACCUGCGGAUGGUUUGCCCUGAAGUCUAUGAGUUGGACAGCGUCGUGCUAGAAGUCACGCAGCUGGACCCCGCAAGAUUCGGGAAUGUCAAGAGCGAAGACGCCACUUUGCCACUGCAAGAGCUCUUGGAAUGGGCUGUGCAGCAUCCCUUCACCGGGUACAAAGGAGGCAUCGCCCGGCUGGUGGGCAAGAUAUUGUGGCUGGAUUCCGAGAACCCAGAUUUAGUUUCCGAGAUUGCCGGCUUCAACGAUAUCGAUCUCAUCUACUUCCUCCAGGAUGGAGAGGAGCACAAGAAGGUCGAGAUGAAAGCUCUCGUGGAUCAGGGCCUUACGAUUGGAGGUAUUCCGGUCGAGGCACAGGAUGUUGAGUACAGCUAUGACACAGUUGGGAACAUCCUAGCUACACGCGACCUGACACAGAACCAAUGCCUAGUUGUCUCCGAUGGUGACGGGAAAGUUUUCUUAAUCAACGCCAAGGUCUGCCGUGAGCACAUGCUGAGGAGCAUGACGGCGCCAGCUACGACUUCCGAGGUAAGCACACUCGAUGAUCGUGGCAACGUGAUCGCGGCCCCCAGGGUUGUUGGACGAGCCAUGGUCCAAUGGAUGAAAGGGCGUUGUCGCAACGUGGAACUCACUGACCACACAAAGAGAUUCUAUAGCCAGCAGAAGCUUCCCAAGAUGACAAUGUUUCAGAUCCUGUCCAAGGCCAAAGGAAAUGAGAUGUACAUGAAAGUGUACACGGAGCUUGUCCGUCUCGGCUUUGUAGAGAAGCAGCAGUACCCACACGUGCUUUGGGGGGAGUGCUAUGCUCACGUCAACUCCCUCAUUGCGAGGCAUGGGUAUCGACUCGAGCUUGAAAGUGAGCUGAAUUCCGAAGCAGUCGAGAGGUGGAAGGAAGCCAAAUAUGCAGAGCAGCUGUCCCGAACCCGAGUGAGUGCUUUCCGAGACUUUCGCUUCCACCAAAUGGUUCUGGACGAAAGCUUCCUAGUGCCCUACAGCAUCGCAGAUACUGCUCUCACGCACGGUCUCAAGGCACACAUUGCAGGCUGCGACAGUUCCGAACAUCCUUCACAUGCGCAUUUGGCAUACUUGCGCCAGAUACGAAGUGCUGCAGCGAUGCACGUGGAGGACGGCUCCAUCAUCGGUCAGACAGGUUUCGAGCAGACGCAGGUGGGCUACACCUUCGAGAUGGGGGGCAGCGAAGCCCCCGGCAGCCGCACGCGGACCCUGCGGCGCGCCGCCUUCGAGAGCUCCAAGGCACGUGCUCGGAACGUGGUCAACCGCAUUUUGACGAGUGGCGGUGCCUUCAUGGAGCAGGACGAGACUCUGCCAGAUAAUGCCGAUCCGCUGCUGGCGCAGAAUCUCUUCGGCAAGCUCACCAUCACGGAGGCGUUUCUUCAGCUUGUGCGGAUCGGCAAGUUGGCAUGGCCGGGUUUUCUGGGAGCCUUCCUGGUAAACUGUGUGGCCGCAGUCUUGUACAUUCUAGUGAUUAAUCACAUUUUGGGCACUUUCUGGCUCCUUGCAGCUGCGGGUACUAGCCUUCUUGGCGCCUGGCUCUUCAUCCGAUCUGCUAACUAUGCCAUGCUGAAUGUCCUGACCUCCAUGUACCUGGCUCUUCUAAACAUCAAGACCGAGGCCUUCACCACGAGGAUGUUCUCGGAAGUUUGGAGCCGACUUGUUGGAGAUACGCGUGCCCUUCAGGGCGUCCUGGAGUCUUGCAACGACUUCUCUAUCGAGUCCCUCACGGUCAUUGGUGCCUUGCUGGCGGUCCUUGGGCUUGCCGCCACACAACCGACUUGUGACAGCAAGCCCGUCUGGAAUGCAGUCUUCGUGGCAUUCUCGGCUGGCGCUCUCAUGGUGGCCAUGUCGCUCCUGGCGUGCUUUAGCCUCAGAACUUGUUCCAGACAAACACGCAGCAUGAUCGGGUACUUGUACUCCGACAUGUUCAGUACCCUUAGCAACUUCUUCGAAGUCAAGUCCAUGGCCGAGAAGACUUCCGCGGUAAAGGCUACAUACGAAGAGAUUCAAGACGGCAACUUGGAGCAGCGCAAGAAGCUCACCUUGAUCCACCAGGUGAUGCAGAUCUUCCUCCGCUACACGGAGCUGGCCUGCAUCACCUUGGCCCUCUUCAAGCUCUUCCACUCGAGCGCAGCCGGAACGACUGCGGAGUGUCUUCACAGCUACUCCGUCUAUGCUGUGUCUGUUCCGAUUCUCCUGAGCGCAGUGCGGCGAUCCUGUGAAGCGCUGCUGCAGCUGUCCUCCUCCAUUGGUUCUUUGGAGCGUUUGUUUCUGCUGUCACGAGCCCUGCUGCGCAUGGCGGCACCACGCUUUGACGGCAUCAACAAGUUGUCCGCUGAAAUCUGCAUGGAGAUCCCACAAGGUUUCACUUACUGCCUCGGCUCAGCACAGUUUGGACCUUUUGCGAAGAUUCCUGCCCUCCAUUCGGCCAUGACCGGGAAGCUGAACGUCAUGAGUAUGCCCCGCAGUUCGGGGGCAACAACCUUCGCCAAGCUGCUCUUGCGGAUGUUGGAUGCUCCAGCGAAGAUCAAGCUAAAUGGAGAGUUUGUGGAGCACUACGAGCUCGAGACGAUUAACUUCUCCAUACACAUCAUCGACCACGCGCCUCUGCCCUGCAGCGUUGCCAGGACGCCAGGCCAGGGGAGCUCCUUGGCCGAGUACGUGCAGAUGGGCUUGGAAGACAUGGGCAUGCCUUUGCAGCCGUGUCUAGAACAAGCCGGCAUGUGGAGCAAAGUGGUGAACCUCCCCAACGGUGUUGAAAGCACGGAUUGGGCAUCCAAUAUGUCGAAACCGGAGGCUCUCCGGGUCCAGCUAGCCCAAGCAAUCUUCCGAAUCUCGCUUGGGGCUGUCAGAGUUCUUUUGAUUAUUGACCCUCUGCGGAACUGCAAUCCAUCCGAAAUGGACUCCGUACGGAAGGUCUGGAUGAAAGCUCUCGAACCUUUAAAGCAGCGUGUCCUUGUCUUGAUUGUUGAUCAGACUGGCGAUACAAAGCCAUGGCUGUAA